AGCGCAUCUGCCCUCUCUGGGCACUAGCCAGCGAACCGCGGCGACGACAACACCUGCUCCUCUCCGACCACCGACUCAGCGCUCCCUCUCACUUCACCAUGAAAAUACAGUUGGCGGUCAUCGCCGUUGUCCUGGUGACAACCCAGGCGAAACCCCAGGGCUACACCGCACCCCUUCCUGGCGGUGGUGGGUUCUCCUCCGGCGGCGGGUUCUCCUCCGGUGGUGGUGGGUUCUCAUCCGGUGGCGGGUUCUCCUCCGGCGGUGGGUUCUCCUCCGGCGGCGGCCUCGCUAUCGGCGGCGGAUGUCCCGAAGGUCAGGCCCGGAAGGCCGACGGGUCCUGUGCCCGAGCACAAAUCACCCGCAACAUUUUCCUGUACGCGGCGCCUCCCCCACAGCAAGUCAGAGUGGGUCCAGCCCCCAACCUCCCUGACCCCAAGGUCCACUACAACUUCGUGUUCGUGAGGACACCCGAGAUCAUCGGAGGCUCCCGCCCAGUUGUGGUGCCACCUCCUGAGCAGAAGACACUCGUGUACGUGCUGACGAGACGCCCUGGUGCCCUGGACCAGGAGGUCAUUGAGGUGCCGUCCACCCCCACGCAACCCGAAGUCUACUUCGUCAACUACGGCGAAGGCGAGAACCCGCAACUGCCAGGAGGCAUCGACCUCCAGCAGGCGCUCAGCCAGUCCGCCCAGCAGGGGCAGAUCAUCGACGGUGGUGCCGGUGCUGGUGCUGGUCACGGUGCUGGAUUUGGUGGCGACGCUGGACUAUCCGGUGGAUUAGGCAGCUUCUCUGGUGGUGGAAGUGGAUUUGUCAGCGGUGGUGCCGGAUUUAUCAGCGGUGGAGGAGUUUCUGCGCCGUCUCAGCAAUAUUCAUCCCCAUUGUAAGGGUCAAAUCUUGUGGAUACACUCAUUUCAACUUCCUAAAAGCUGGCAAAGCCAUUGGAUCUUCACAAUAUCAGAAAACGAAGUGUGGAACUGGUGGAUAGUUCUACUGCCAACCCUAAACCGGAUGGAUAGUUGGAUACAUCCAACACAGCUUGCAGGAUACCAGAUCUAGUGCAUCCACUCGACAGCCAGAAGGAGGCAGGAGGCAAGAGGUGUUGCCGCUACCAAACCAUCGAUUCCCUCUAGGGUUCCAUCGAGCGACCAAAUCGAAUUUAUUAGGACAAGUUCCACUCUAAAUUUAUGUUUGUGAUACCUAAAUGUUACUACCAUUAGAAGAUUGUUUGAUAAACUCUAUUUUU